AUGGGUGGAGGAGGAGACAUGGGUGGAGGAACCGGCGGAGGAGGAGGCAACAGUGGAGGAGUAGGUGGAGGAUCCGGUGGAAAGGGAGGAGACGGAGGAAACGGAGGAAAUGGAGGAAAUGGAGGAAAUGGGGGAGGUGGUUGUCCUUGCGACAUGGGAGGAGAAAGUGAUGAAGGAGACAUUGAGGGUGGUGACGGAGGAGACGGAGGGAACGGUGGAGACGGAGGGGACGGUGGGGACGGGGGAGGGGGAGGCAUGGGAGGUGGUGGGGACAUGGGAGGUGGUGGCGGAGGGGGCAUUGGAGGAGGGGACGGAGGUGGGUGUAACAUGGGUGGAGGAGACGGGGGUGAGGGUGAAAUGGGAGGUGAAGGAGGUGGGGGUGGCAUGGGAGGAGGAGAUGGUGGGGAUGCGGGAGGAGGGGGUGGGGGCAUGGGAGGCGGCGGUGGAGGGGAUAAUGGGUGUGAAUGCUGUGGUGGGUGCGACACGGGAGGAGGAGGCGGCGGAGGCAUGGGAGGAGGAGGAGGUGGAGAUAUGGGAGAAGGUGGUGGGAACAUGGGAGGAGGGGGGUGGCAAUAUGGGAGGGGGUAG